AUGAUGAAUGUCAUUUAUGACCAUGAGGAUAAAGCAGCACCUAAGGAAAAGAAAGAGGAUCUUGUAGAAACUAGAGAGACUUUUGUCACAAAGAAAUACAAGCCGGUUGCACAGAAAAUCAGGCCAGUAUACCAAGAUCUCCCAGAUAAAUUCAGAAUUGUUCGUGAUAUUAAAGGGAAUCCUCUUGACACUCUCCCAAAGUUGAAUAGGACGCCUCCUGACUUUGUACCUACGGGUCACUACACUGAUGAAAGAAAGGAACAAUUUGACAAAGUCCACAGCAGUGACUUUUUGUGGCCAGAAGAAUGA